CAAUGAGCAAGCUUUCGCUCAGCGAGAAGGAGAAAGCCAACAACUUGCCGGUUCGCCCUGGCCAUGGUACCAUGGGCGAGAAGGUGAAGCUUUGGGCCAACUAUUUCAAAAUCAACAUCAAAUCACCAGCCAUUUACAGGUACACCAUCAAAGUUGCCGCCACCGAGGAAAAGCUCGGAAAGGAAGCUGAGGUCGCAUCCAAGAAAGUGGAGGUGGUGGUCGGGAAACUGCUCAAGCAGAUCGAAGCCAAGGUGAAAUCCGUGGCGAUUGCCAGCGAUUUCAAAGUGCACCUGGUGACGACCACCAAGCUCAAAGUUCCCGAGAACCGCAUCUUUGAGGUGACGUGGACCGAGCCGAGUUCCAACCAAAACCUGCCCAGCAAGCCCCAGACUUGGGUGGUCAAGGUGGAGGAGAGUGUCGAAAACUGCGAUUUCGGCAAGGUGCUGAACGAGCUCACGACACUUGAUCCCAAGCUCGACGGAGACUUUCCCAAGUACAAUGUUGAGCUCGAUGCCCUCAACACCAUCGUGACUCAUCAUGCCCGCGCCGACGACAAUGUUGCGGUGGUGGGAAGGGGAAGGUUUUUUGCCAUUGGCGAUGACCUCAUUGAACAAGUGCGGCCCCAAGACUCCCCUUUGGUCAUCUUGCGAGGAUAUUUUGCCAGCGUCCGUCCAGCUACCGGAAGACUUUUACUCAAUACCAACAUCACGCAUGGUGUCUUCCGUCCUGGUAUCAAACUUGCACAGCUGUUUCAGGAACUUGGACUUGACGUAAUGGACAAAUGCAAUGCCUGGAACGAAGUAACCAAAAAUCAGCUCAACGACAAGAUGCGCAGAGUUCACAAGGUCCUGGCGAAGGGCCGUGUCGAGUUGAAUGCCCCAUUCCUUGUUGAUGGAAAGAUUGUUUAUAAAAAAGGUUACCGCACGCUCAAUGGCAUUGCUAACCGUGGCGACGAAAGGGGGAAGCAAAAGGAUGGCAAAGAAGUCCGACAUCCGCCAUUGUUCGGGAUUCCGGGUGUCCAGGUUGGCGGCCCGACCUCUGUUCAGUUCUACUUGCGUGCGCGAGAGACAAAGGAUGGCGCUGCCCCUCCUCCGACUCCCGGCCUGCCGAGCAACGCGUACAUCACGGUAGCGAACUACUAUAAACAACGGUACGGAAUAACCGCCAAUGCUUCGCUUCCUCUGGUCAACGUUGGCAGCAAGGAAAAGGCGAUUUACGUCUUGGCCGAGUUCUGUACGCUGGUCAAAGGCCGUUCCGUCAAGGCUAAGUUGAAUGCCAACGAGGCGGACAACAUGAUCAGGUUUGCUUGCAGAGCUCCUUCGCUGAACGCUCAGUCUAUCGUGACGAAAGGUAGACAGACACUUGGUCUUGAUAAAAGCCUGACGCUUGGCAAGUUCAAGGUUUCGAUCGACAAGGAACUGAUUACCGUUAUCGGGCGUGAGCUCAAGCCUCCGAUGCUUACGUACAGCGGUAACAAGACGGUAGAGCCGCAGGACGGCGGGUGGUUGAUGAAGUUUGUCAAGGUGGCCAGACCUGGACGCAAGAUUGAGAAGUGGACAUACUUGGAAUUGAAGGGUUUCAGGGACAACGUAGGGGUGCCGCAAGCUAUGAGCGCUUUUGCCGAAUUCCUGAACAGAACGGGCAUCCCGAUCAACCAAAGGUUCUCGCCGGGCAUGAGCAUUCCAGUUCCGGGGAGCGAAAAAGAGUUUUUUGCCAAAGUGAAGGAACUCAUGAGCGCGCACCAAUUUGUGGUGGUUCUUUUACCCAGAAAGGAUGUUGCGAUCUACAAUAUGGUAAAGCGGGCUGCCGAUAUCACAUUUGGCGUUCAUACAGUCUGCUGUGUAGCCGAAAAGUUUCUUAGCACUAGAGGGCAGCUGGGGUAUUUUGCCAACGUCGGCCUCAAGGUCAACCUCAAGUUUGGCGGCACGAAUCACAAUAUCAAGACGCCCAUUCCUCUACUCGCCAAGGGGAAGACGAUGGUGGUGGGCUAUGAUGUUACCCACCCGACCAAUCUAGCGGCUGGACAAUCGCCUGCAUCGGCUCCCAGUAUUGUUGGCCUGGUCUCAACCAUCGACCAACACCUUGGACAAUGGCCUGCAAUGGUUUGGAAUAACCCGCACGGCCAGGAGUCCAUGACGGCACAGUUUACGGACAAGUUCAAGACGCGUCUGGAACUAUGGCGCAACAAUCCCGCAAACAACCGCAGUCUCCCCGAGAACAUCCUGAUUUUCCGCGAUGGCGUCUCCGAGGGACAGUUCCAGAUGGUCAUUAAGGACGAGUUACCUCUGGUUCGCGCCGCCUGCAAGCUGGUGUAUCCAGCUGGCAAGCUACCGCGUAUUACGCUGAUUGUCUCUGUCAAGCGCCACCAGACGCGCUUCUUCCCAACGGACCCGAAGCAUAUUCACUUCAAGUCCAAGAGCCCCAAGGAGGGUACUGUGGUUGACCGCGGCGUGACCAACGUCCGCUACUGGGACUUCUUUUUGCAGGCGCACGCGUCGCUCCAGGGCACGGCGCGCUCGGCUCACUACACGGUUCUGGUGGAUGAGAUCUUCAGGGCCGACUAUGGAAACAAGGCGGCCGACACGCUGGAGCAGCUGACGCAUGACAUGUGCUAUCUCUUUGGACGAGCCACCAAGGCGGUCAGUAUCUGCCCGCCUGCGUACUAUGCCGACUUGGUGUGCGACCGGGCGCGUAUCCAUCAGAAGGAGCUCUUUGACGCCCUCGAUGAAAACGAUAGCGUCAAGACCGAUGAUUUCGCAAGAUGGGGUAACUCCGGGGCUGUUCAUCCCAACCUUAGGAACUCCAUGUACUAUAUCUAGGCUUGUCAAUGUGUGUUGGCAGUUGGGAUAGAAAUGGACUAUAGAAG